AUGUUUCUUCCUCCAGAUGCUGGCUUCAGUCUGGUCAGGAGCUACCCUGCAGAUGCUGGCUUCAGUCUGGUCAGGAGCUACCCUGUCAGCUGUAGUAAAGCAAUGUUUCUUACUCCAGAUGCUGGCUUCAGUCUGGUCAGGACCUACCCAGUUCUUACUCCAUAUGCUGGCUUCAGUCUGGUCAGGACCUACCCUUCAGAUGCUGGCUUCAGUCUAGUCAGGACCUACCCUGUCAGCUGUAGUAAAGCAAUGUUUCUUACUCCAGAUGCUGGCUUCAGUCUGGUCAGGACCUACCCUGCAGAUGCUGGCUUCAGUCUGGUCAGGACCUACCCUGUCAGUUGUAGUAAAGCAAUGUUUCUUACUCCAGAUGCUGGCUUCAGUCUAGUCAGGAGCUACCCUGUCAGCUGUAGUAAAGCAAUGUUUCUUACUCCAGAUGCUGGCUUCAGUCUGGUCAGGAGCUACCCUGUCAGCUGUAGUAAAGCAAUGUUUCUUACUCCAGAUGCUGGCUUCAGUCUGGUCAGGACCUACCCUGCAGAUGCUGGCUUCAGUCUGGUCAGGACCUACCCUGUCAGUUGUAGUAAAGCAAUGUUUCUUACUCCAGAUGCUGGCUUCAGUCUAGUCAGGAGCUACCCUGUCAGCUGUAGUAAAGCAAUGUUUCUUACUCCAGAUGCUGGCUUCAGUCUGGUCAGGAGCUACCCUGUCAGCUGUAGUAAAGCAAUGUUUCUUACUUGAGAUGCUGGCUUCAGUCUGGUCAGGAGCUACCCUGUCAGUUGUAGUAAAGCAAUGUUUCAUGGUCUAAUUGGGGGACUGGGUAGCUCCUGACUAGACAGGGCAAAUGCAUAGGGUAGUUUAGAGCUACCCUUGCUGCAUUUGACAUGAAAAACUUUUAUGCAAGAUGUGGGUAAAAUACGUAUGCGUUAUUGGUGCAUUCUCAGUUUAAGUGUAAAUUUUUGUGUUAUUUAUUUUUGUAUGAAAAUAGGUUUAUGUUUAUAUUUUGUUAACUAAUAUCUUAGUAUAUGUUCCUACAUAGAAACAUUUUAUUUUAUGUUUGUUAAUUCGUGUGUUUUUUCUUAUUGUAGAUAUAUUUGGUUUAUUUAAUCACACCGUUUAUAAACUUGCUGGUGUUGAAUGGAUUAAUGUGUCGUGUUAAUGAGUGCAGAUUAAUGAUAAAUUCAGAAGUUACACAGUAUUAGCAAAUGUGUAAUCUGCAAAAAUAAUAUAUUGAAUUUGUUGAAGCAACUAUAUACCCAGAGAUUCAUAGCUCAGAAUAUUGAUAUGAUGCUGGACCAUCUUCAUACCGUCUGUGUUUUUAAAAGCGAUGGGGGAAAAAAGUGCAGACUACAGACAAAAUGAUGAAAUCAGUACAUGUACUUCUAUGCAUAUCCCUGACAUUUAGUUUCUACGCAAACAAUUUUAAUCUGAAUGAUUACUUUUUAAAGUUUCUUUUUUGUAGCAUUGAAUUGGAAAUAAAUCAUUUAUUAUAUGUAGCUAUUACAUUACGAUAAAUCUAGUCUUUCCAAAUCGUUAACGAAAUAAAUAAAUAUUCAACUUCUAA